AUGCUUCUCCUCCGUCCCCUCAUUGCUAUAACCUCCGUGGUUGGCCUGGUUCUCUCGCAAAACACCACCUCCUCCAUUGAUCCCAAUAGCGUCCCGAUCGAAACAAGAAAGCAAUGGUGUCAGGCUCAGACCUCGUCAUGUCCAUUACUUUGUUAUCAGUUGCCAAACACAUCGGGCUCACCCAAAGAAAACACAUGCGACGCUAAAACUCUCAAAUACCAGUGCAUCUGUAGCAAUGGCCUGAGUCCCAACUCAUCACAGUACUCACAGACCAUCCCAUACUUUGUUUGCACUGAAGAGAAUGACGAAUGUGUCACUAAAUGCAAUGGUGACUCGAGCUGCCAGUCAGACUGCCGGUCUCAGCACCCCUGUGGUGCACAGGACCCCAAGCGUGUAAACGUGACGUCCACCGCUGCUUCCACUACUGCCGCAGCCACAACUUCCCUUCCGCCAUUUACUGGAGUCCCUGAUAAGGGAGCAGCAGCCAGGCCGUCGACUGACCUUGGGCAGGUAUAUGGCCUGGUUGUAGUUGUGGGAGCUUUCCUGGCUGGGUUUACAACAUUGCUUUGA